AAAUCGAAAUGGAUUGGUGAUUUUGGGAAUGUGAUUGGGUGUGCAAGACGAGUGAUCCGCUUGGUGGACACGCCUGGAUGGCGAACGCGAAGGAAUGGGCGAUGUGUUUGCUCGUUUGGGAAGCCGUCCACAUUAGGAGCGACAUGGCUGUGUCGACACAGACGAACGCAUGUAACGGCGUAUCUUUUCACGACUUAUUGGAGGCCCAAAAACGUACUGACUCAAGCGACAGACAGGAAACUGAGGCCGAGAGUCGACGGAACUACAGAUUGGAGACUGGAAAGGGAGGCACUGAUACAGAGUGAGGGCAGCACCUACAAAAGUCGGGUGGACGUGCCGAGCGGGGUAGGGAUGCCAGUCGAAGUGUCGUGGAUUCGCAGCGCAUCAAAGAACGCUCAAUCGGGGAAACAUGUUUGCUCGUUUAGGAAGUCGUUGACAACCAAGCUGGGAGCAACGUGGUCGAGAAGAGCGACGGCGUAUCUUCUGGCUACAAAUGGACAUUUCAUUAGAUGGAGGCUCCCAAGCGCAAACAACAUGCGUUGGCAGGCGUUGGCUUGACCUGGAAGCGCGAGCAACGAAGGAGAGAGAGUGAACGUGAAAAAGAUAUCGCGUUGUU